AUGGGUGAAGCAGCAGUACCGCCUGAGCUAGACACCGUUCCAGCAGCAAAGAUGGCUCAGACAAACCCUCUGCCUGUCCCCAUGGGCCCGUGGAAGAGCAUUCGGAGCAGAGGCCAGGAGAACCGCCAACCACAGCCCUGCCACCCGCCCGUCCCAGAACGGCUCCGCUCCUCUCUCCGGACGGCACCGCUGCCCCGGGAACUGAUCUCCGCAGGGAUCACCGUGUACGACCAAGAAAACUUCCAGGGCAAGAGGAUGGAGUUCACGUCGGCCUGUCCAAACAUCAUGGAAUGUGGCUUCGACAACAUUCGCUCCGUGAAGGUGGAGUGUGGCGCCUGGGUCGGUUAUGAGCACACCGGCUUCUGCGGGCAGCAGUUCAUCCUGGAGAGGGGAGAGUACCCACGCUGGGACGCCUGGAGCGGCAGCAACGCCUACCACAUUGAGCGCCUGAUGUCCUUCCGCCCCGUCUGCUCCGCUAAUCACAAGGAAUCCAAGAUCACCAUCUUCGAGAAAGACAACUUCAUCGGCCGCCAGUGGGAGAUAAGCGACGACUACCCCUCGCUGCAAGCCAUGGGCUGGGCCAACAACGAAGUGGGCUCCAUGAAGAUCCAGUGUGGCGCCUGGGUUUGCUACCAGUACCCCGGGUACCGUGGCUACCAGUACAUCCUGGAGUCCGACCACCACGGAGGAGACUACAAGCACUGGAGAGAGUGGGGUUCGCACGCCCAGACCUCCCAGAUCCAAUCCAUCCGGCGUGUCCAGCAGUAG